AUCUGCACGAAUGAUACCUCAUAUCAAUGCUUUAACGUAUUCAUGUUAUAACAGCUGUCUAUGAUAAAUAAAAGAAAAUAAAAAGCUAAAAAUCCACUACCAACUAUCUAAGUGCGUCGGUCUUAUCAAAACAGGGACUUUUAUUUUGAACUUAGCCUUUACCUUUGUUGACAUAUGUACCUACACCGGCUUCAUUCAUCAUGUGUAGCAUCAUUUAGCUCCUAUUUUCCUACACUAAACACUGAUAUGUGUAAGAAAAGGUCUGAAGAAAAUAUAUGACAGUAAACCACCAAAUAAGAUGGAAGAAAGGCAGUAUUCCUCUCUGACGGCUCCAAUGGAUUAUCUUCAGUACUGGUACCAAAGCAACCCUCAGCAGUACCAGGCUGAGCAGGUGCCACAGUACCAGCAGCUAGUCAAUGCCAGCCAGUACACAGAGAGACCCAUGGAGGAAAAAAUCAUGACUGAUUUAUCUGUGCAUCAAGACCCAUAUCAAGAUCAACCUCAACAGUUUCAACAGCUCCCUGUCCAACCACCAGCAGCUAUUCCAGUGACUCCUGCUAAAGGAAAGAAACGGGGGAGGCCUCGUAAAGGGGAAGAAAGGGAAAAGACAGAAGCUGAAGAGUCGGCCAAGAAAGCGAAGAGGACAUUAGAUCGGUUCAACGGCAUGUCGGUGGAGGAAGUCAUGGCUCGAAAGCUACCAGACGUCAUCACACAUAACCUUGACAUGCUGAUUAUUGGCAUCAACCCUGGACUGUUGUCAGCCUAUAAGGGAAGGCAUUAUCCAAAUCCUGGGAACCAUUUUUGGAAGUGCUUGUUUCUCUCUGGUCUGACUAAUGAACAGCUCAACCACAUGCAUGAUCAGACACUACCUGAACACUACGGCAUUGGUUUCACCAAUAUGGUGGAGAGGACCACCCCUGGGAGUAAAGACCUUUCAAACAAAGAGAUCCGUGAAGGAGGCCACCAGCUUUUGGAAAAGCUCCAGACAUACAGACCUUUAAUUGCUGUGUUCAAUGGAAAAUGUAUUUAUGAAAUAUUUUGCAAGGAGAUUUUUGGAGUCAAGGCCAAGAACUUAGAGUUCGGAUUGCAGCCGUACAAAGUCCCAGAAACGGAGACGGUUUGCUAUCUGAUGCCAUCCUCAAGCCCGCGCUGUGCCCAGUUUCCUCGUGCUCAGGACAAAGUGCACUUCUACAUCAAGCUAAAAGAGCUCAGGGAUCAGCUGAAGGGAGUGACCAAGACUCAGGAGAUCCAGGAGACAAACUACAGCUUCGAUCUGAAUCUGGCCAAAGAGGAUGCCAAAAGAAUGGCAAUCAAAGAAGAGCAGAAUGACCCUGGGUACGAGGAGACCUGUGCUCAUGGGUCGUGGGGGGAACCACAGCAAGCGUUUGGAGUCCAUCCUUCUACAAAUACAGACCAGGUAAUGGAUGACCGGUGGACAAUGCAGCCAUUUGCAGAGCAGAUUCCAGACAUCAGAUGUAGCAACAACACCCGAACAAGCUAAGAAAAAAAAGUUGAUGCACAAAGACUGUUGUCUACACUGCAUAUACAGAGAAGGACCAACAAAACAUUUUUUUGUACUGUUUUUAUUUUAUAUUUUAAUACGUUACGAGGUGUUACAUUAUUUAAUGUGUGUGAUUUCAGUGUGUGUAACAUAACUUUGUUACUUGAGUGAACAUUUCUGAUUAAGACAUGUUCAUUUUGUGCCUCUAUUUUUUAUUUAUUUUUUAAGGAAACUUCAAUUACAUCGUUCAAAACUUUGGGGGUAUUGUAAUAUUU